AUGAAGGGCGACGAAACGAAAGAACGGUACCUCCAGGGAUUUCAGCCGAAAGAAUAUCCUCGGUUCAUGAAGGCAUUCCAUGGCGUUCACUCAUUUUACCAAAAGGAACUUCACUCCAUCUUCAACUCUCCCAUUUCCGACUCCUGGCGGACGCUUCUGGACGUUGGGUGUGGGCCCACCCCUGGCAACGUCUUUCCGGCGACAAGAAAGAUCGACAGCAUUGUCCUCAGUGACCUUGUACCCGGAAACCGAGAGGAAGUAGAGAAGUGGAUUGAAAAGGCACCGGACGCCUUGGACUGGUCCUUUAUGAGCGAACCAUUGGCCAUCUUGGAAGGCUGCAAGGACGCUAAAAGAGGAGCCGAGGACAUCGAGGAAAGGACACGCGCGGCCGUCAAGAAAGUGAUUCACUGCGACGUCCUGGACCCUAAUGUCCUCCCCGAAGAACACACGGAAGUCUUCGACGUCGUCUUGUCGUGCCUUUGCUUCGGGACUGCGAGCCGAGACGAAGAGACAUUUCAGAGAGUCGUACGGAAUGUUUCGGGCGUGAUUCGCGAGGGAGGGCACCUGAUAUUCUGCGCCAUUGCCGGAUCGUCCCAGUACACUUUCGCGGGCGUCGAGUAUCGCGGGCUCUGCUUGACCGAAGCCAUGGUGGAGGCCGCACUGAUCAGUGCGGGGCUCAGAGUAAGACGCUGGGACUUGCUUGACAUCUCUUCGACCGGUGGGACACGUUUCGCGUUCGUCGUCCUUGCAGAAAAAGUUUGA